GCUACAGCUAAUUGUAGCUGUCAAAAACACCACGGGGAAGGUAAUCUGUCCCAGCCUGGCUACCUCCGUACGGGGCUCUGCGACGCGGUCAGAGAGCGUUUUUGGCACGGCUAAAGACGGACAACUCGCCGAGAGAAGCUGUCAAAAUGAAGACAGGCCGUUUUGAGGAGUUUGGUGGUGUUUUCUCCGUGGAGGGGCAGCUGUUGUUAGCGGACUAGCAGCUCGCUAGCUCGCUGGAAACAAAACACAGGAUCUGACUCCUGUCUGGAUCAGCUGGAUCAGUUAAGAGAGCCUGUUUAGAAUUGCAGUCCCUCGCCAGCUCUGUCUCAUUAAGUCCUGAGUCCACUCCAAAGACUUCAACAGGGAUCCAGUCCACUCAGGUUUGGUCACAGUUGGCGUCUGCAUCCACGAGUCUCCUACCCAUACCCACCUGAGUUGCUUUCAUUUUUUGGUGGGGGGGACAGUCCAGCGUUUUCAAGCUGGACGGAGAAGAGGCGAGCGGGGCCGACGGUCCGGCCUUUGUACUGCGACACAGGACUUCACAUCUAAUAGAAAACCCCACUAAUUCCACGCCUACGAAUCCCAUGAGUCCACGGGAGGAAGAAAACUCACCCACCUUAGGUUCUUCAACCAGUCACCUCAGCACUGCAGAAUGCCCGUCACACAAUGGGAGUGUCCCAGAGAGCGACGAAAAGAAAAGAGUAAAUGAGAAGAAUGACAGAGGAACGGAAGAGAAAGAGCCGGAGGAAGAAGAGAGAGGCAGCGAUGAAGGUUUCAUGGGGAUGACGCCGCUGCUGCAAGCACAUCAUGCAAUGGAGAGGAUGGAGGAGUUUGUACACAAGGUGUGGGAGGGUCGGUGGCGCGUCAUACCUCAUGACGUGCUCCCAGAUUGGCUGAAGGAUAACGACUUCCUGCUUCACGGCCACAGGCCACCAAUGCCUUCAUUUCGCGCCUGCUUCAAGAGCAUCUUCAGAAUCCACACAGAGACGGGAAACAUCUGGACACACCUGCUAGGCUGUUUGUUUUUCCUCUGUCUGGGUCUCAUGUACAUGUUCAGACCCAACAUGUCUUUCGUGGCUCCAGUCCAGGAGAAGGUCGUCAUUGGGAUGUUUUUCCUCGGAGCUAUCCUCUGCCUCUCUUUCUCCUGGCUCUUCCACACAGUUUAUUGCCACUCUGAGGGCGUGUCCAAAAUCUUCUCCAAGUUGGACUACAGUGGGAUUGCCUUCCUGAUCAUGGGCUCCUUUGUCCCGUGGUUGUACUACUCCUUCUACUGCUCCCCUCAGCCUUGCUUCAUCUACCUGUUAGUGGUCUGUGUACUUGGACUGGCUGCCAUCACUGUCUCCCAGUGUGACUUCUUUGCCACUCCACAGUACCGAGGAGUCAGAGCAGGUGUUUUCGUUGGUCUGGGUCUGAGCGGCGUGGUUCCCACGCUGCACUUUGUCAUCAGUGAGGGUCUGAUCAAAGCAACAACCAUUGGUCAGAUGGGCUGGCUGCUGCUCAUGGCAACGCUCUACAUCACCGGCGCCUGCCUUUAUGCUGCUCGCAUCCCUGAAAGGUUCUUCCCUGGCAAAUGUGACAUCUGGUUCCACUCCCACCAGUUGUUCCACAUCUUGGUGGUCGCUGGGGCUUUCGUCCAUUUUCACGGCGUCUGCAACCUGCAGGAGUUUCGGUAUACGGCAGGAGCAGGCUGUGCUGAGGAUGGCACUCUUUAACGCACACACACCCACUAACUUAUUCAUGCACUGAAACAAGUUUUUACAGGGAGGCACUGGUUCAAAUGAUACGAACAGAAUCACACACGCUCCACAAACAGAAAUGCACACAUGCUCUCGCAUCCACACUUGAAGACCGACGUGGCUUUUCGUGCUGUGUGUCAGUGUGCGUAACAUACAGGAUGGCCUCCGGGGGGCUCUAUUAAAACUGACUGACAUGGGGUUUGUUUUUUCUGUCUGUCUGUCAGUCUGUUUAUCUCCACAUCCCCUGGCUUCAUUGCUUUGGCUAUUAAACCACUUCUGAGAUGGCAUUUUUAUGAAGCUUUUUUGGGACUCUUUUCUUCAGGAGGGGUGAGACAUUCAGAACUCACCUUCGAUAAUCCUGAGUUUUACUCUAAGAUUUAUGAUUUGAUUUCAAGAAUAAGCAGAAUUGUGGUUUUAAAAGAAAAAAAAAACAACAUUUUGAGGUGUUUUUUGGCUGAAUGCUGUUUUCCAAGUCAUUUUCAGAAGGAAAAAAGAAAAACAACAAAAAAAAAUGCUGGGUAAUGUCUUUGGAUUUCUGCGAGGGGAGGUGCCAGGUGAAGAUCAAGGGGAGAUGUUGUGAGGGUGUGGGGUGGGGGGCACUUUUAAAAGUUAAACAACAAAAAAAAAAAUCUUUUUUUAUGUAAAUAAGAUUUCUAAAUUUUGGGUUAUAGAUUUGUAUUAAAUAUAUAUGGAAAAAGUAUAAAAAAAAUGAUGACAAGAAUAAAUAAAUGGAUAUCUAAGAUGAUAAACCUGUUAAAGAGGAGGAGAGGUGUUGAAUCUACACCUUUGCUCGGAGUGACGUACAGCGGAGAACAAAAAUUCUGUCAGUGGUGGGAUACACUCCUAAAACCUUUAGUUUGUUUGCAAAAGAUGCAGGUUUAGAGGAAACGGCAGUUUAAAACUGCUGAUAUUUUUGUCUCCAGUUUAAAAGUCACCUCUCUGACAUAAAGUCCAUAAAAUAUAAAGAAGGAGGUGAUGUAUAAGAACUGUCCAGGCGACCUGAGCGAGUCUGAGCUGUGUUCUCAAAUUAGACUUGGAGUUUCCCAAAUCUCUUCUAAACCAAAAUCUUAAAUCGGAACAACAAGAUAUAAUAGCACCAUCCUGACAUGUAGCGGCUUUUCAUUUCUUUUUUCUCUGUGUAAAUUGUCUGCAUCUGAAGAUGUAGCUCAUUUCUACUCCACCAGUAUAAGUUUAUUUUUUCUAUGACAUGCCCUAAAAUGAUUUAAUAAAACACAUCAAGCAUAGUUAAGAUAUUUUUUAGAAACAAUGCCCCAGUUAUAUCUAUAAUUUAUAUUUUUUGGUAAAUCUGCAGUAUGACUUUAAUAGACCUUGUCCUGUAUGACUCUUGGUAAUAUUCACUUCCACAUGGGACAAGGAUGAUCUGAGAAAAGUUCUUUUGAGUUGUAUCUUGAUUUAUGCAAUGCUGAUAUCAUUAUAUAGCAAGCUUUAAUUUCACUCAGUUCUUCAGUUUCUUUUCUCUUUUUUCUAUUGGAUUGUAUUACACAGUUUUUAUCAGGUGAAAUGUGUAAGAAUAAACAUGAAUAAAACUACAAAGUUUCUUAGAAACAAAGUUACUACUACUUCAAGGGCUUUUGAAUUGUCUCAGUUACUAAGAUUUCACUUGGUGGUUCGUACAAGGGGAAUUUUUUUAAUCUGAGUUUUCAGGCAAUACCAAAAUCUUACACCUGCACACACAUAUUCCAAACUUGUCGUGAUCUGUAUUUUUAUGAUUGUUUGAAAUUUUGGUUUGCAAAUUCCCAGUCAAUAAGUUGAUUGAUCUUGAUCUCUUCUUAGUGUUAUAUAUAUAUAUCUUAGAAGAAGAAAUGGAUCUUGUUUUCUGUCCUUUUUAAUUUUCUCUUUCUGUUUAAUCUAGUUUAUAUUAAUUUAUUUCUUUUGCGGAGUGCAUAUUGUCUGUUGAAGCACACGUUCCAUUCAGAUUGGAGUGUUUGAUUGCAAUAGACCUUUAUAUCUGCUGUAUUGUUCUAAUAAAAUGGUUUUUUGAUGCUG